AUGACCCAGACAUUUUCCUGUUACAAAAUUUUAUUUUUUUCAUCUAACCAUUGUUUAUACAAUCUUUUUUCGGCUACUGCGAUUUCAAGUCAAGGAAAUACAAAGGACAUCAUUUCCGCGAAAUGGCAGCUAAGCCCCCCUCAGCGUGAUCUUAUUCGUAUUAUUAUCAAUAAUUUUAUAAAUUCCUUGCGACCACGCCAAUUUAAGGGGAAUUUGGUUGGAGAAGACUAUUUUGGAAAUAAAUAUUAUGAGAUUCCUGCAAAUCCAUCGAUUGGUAAAAGAAAAGCGUCACGCUAUUUCGAACCAAAUGAUAAGGAAGCGUUUGAUCAAGAACUUACAGCGGAAUGGGAGGCAUGGUUGCGAGGCCGCCGUGAUGAUCCACCCACUCGUGAAGAGUUAGUAAAAAACCUGUCAAUUAUGGAAAUGAAGCGUCGAAAUGCAUCUGAACUUGAAGCUACUUACGGGGAAAAGGACAGCAAAGGAAAGCUCUUGCCGAAAGAAAAGGAAAUGAUUGGCACUUUCCCCAAGUAUGAUGAAUAUGAAAUUAUUCCUGGCAAGGAUCCAGAGAAAAAAUAAUAAAACGAGUAGGUGUUGUUAUAUUUAUUCAUCUUUUAAUAAAUUGUUAUGCAGUUUUAUUGCAAUAUGAUGAUAAAAUUCAACAAUAAACAAAUCUAAGAGUUACAAUAUUA